GGAUAACUAUAUAUGUUUUGAUUCUCUCUAUUUUCUCCCGAUGCGGGAAUGAUCCCUACUCUAAAUUAGUUAUAUGUUGUAUGGGCCAAGCUCUGACCAAUUUGUAAAACAUUUCAAGCUGGAUUUUGGUUUAUGGUUUUUUUGAUUUACUUAGGUGAAAAGCUGGGGACGGAACCGAUAUUGCCAUACCUGAAUCCGGAGCUCGACGGGGAAAAGCUUCUGGUGGGAGCCAACUUUGCGUCCGCCGGAGUCGGUAUAUUAGAUGACACCGGAAUCCAAUUCGUGAAUAUAAUAAGGAUACACCAACAGCUGGACUAUUUUGCAGAAUACCAAGAAAGGUUGAAUGCAUUGGUUGGGAGUGACAAUGGCACAAAUGUGGUAAAAGAAGCCCUUGUCCUAAUCUCCCUUGGCGGAAAUGACUUUGUCAACAACUAUUUCUUGGUCCCCUUUUCUGCAAGAUCUCGCCAAUAUGCCCUUCCCGAUUAUGUCGUCUUCAUCAUCUCUGAAUACAAGAACGUCCUUGAGAGACUAUACAAUUUGGGAGCUCGAACGGUGAUAGUUACAGGGACCGGUCCUCUGGGGUGCGCGCCAGCAGAAAUGGCGCAACAUAGCAUAGAUGCUGAUUGUGCUUCAGAGCUUCAACGAGCCGCUUCCCUCUACAACCCUCAGCUCGUCCAAAUGGUUGAAGCUAUUAACAAUGACAUUGGAUACGAUGUUUUUGUCGCUGCCAAUGCACACAAAAUGCACAUGGAUUUCAUCACCAGCCCUCAAACUUUUGGAUUUGUGACAUCACGCGUGGCAUGUUGUGGACAAGGACCGUACAACGGGUUGGGAUUUUGCACCCCGCUAUCCAACUUGUGUUCCAAUAGAGAGGAAUAUGCAUUUUGGGACGCAUUCCACCCAUCGGAGAAAGCUAAUAGAAUAAUUGUUGAUCAGAUGAUGGUUGGGUCCAACGAUUACAUGCACCCCAUAAACCUUAGUACCAUGUUGACAAUGGUUUUACCAUCACUCGAUUAAUUUAGACUGUUUCUCAUGAUAUAUGUGUAAAGAAAGAUUAGUAUAUAUUAUUUGGUAGUAUGAAUCAUCAUUGAUUGCUUUGAUUUUGUAAAGAAAGUUGAGUAUAUAUUUGUGUCUUUUUCAAUUUAUACUGUAUAUGAACGUGAUUGUUAUCCUCAAUCAUUGGUAUAUGUUUAGAAAGUGCUUAAGAAUGGGCUGAUAAUCGAUUAUCACACUCUGAUAAUCGAUUAUCAAACUUCAGAGAGGGCUGAUAGUCGAUUAUCACAUUCUGAUAAUCGACUGUUGCUCAGCUUUGUUACAAAAAUCUGCAGAACGAUGAAUAAUCGAUUUUCAAGUUG